UGUGUUUGGUGGUGUUGCGACCGCACCAUGAAUCCAAAGAAAAAACCAAGAACAUCUUUGUACUCCGACAAACUUCACAAACACUGGUCCAACUGUAGUGCUGGCUUUGACGAUCUGCCAAGUUGGAGCACAAGUUGUACCAAGGAGUCAUUCAAAAAUUUCAAACAUGGAGGAUGGGGCGAUCAGUGGGAAGAGGAGGAAGAGGAGAACGGAGAUGUAGACAUCAUUUGGUCUUCAUCCAGUGAUGAUGAGGACGAAAAGGUCAAGAAAAACAUGGGAACCUUGGACACCUCGACCAACAGGAGGAGAGUGGUAACCUUGGAAGGAAGAACUGGAGAGCACCGCAAGAAAAAGAGGAGGCCUUCGCUUGGUAGGAAUGCACCGAUGGCUUUCCAGAGGAGUAGUAAAUCUCCAGGAAAUGAAGAUGUAAACUUGGAAGAUUCUAUAAUAAGUGACUCUGAAAGUGACCAUGAUGAUAGAGAUCUUCCCUGUAAGAGUGAUGUGCCUCCACAGAGAGACAAAUCCUAUGAUAGAACCGACCCUGGGAUUGCCAGGAUGAAAGUUUCAGGAGUUCAGGAAGAACCACCAAGGGAUGAGGGUAUUUCAUCUGUGGCAACUAGAAGUUUAAAAACUGCAAUGACCAGUCACUUUGUUGAUAAAGGAAAGAGGAAAUACGUGCAGGGGAAAAAGGACUUGUUUGAUCCUGAAAUCCUAGACUACGACUCCCCAUCAGAAGAAGAGAAUGAAUCCAUCUCAGAUGUAACCUCCUCUGAACAGUCCUGGGCAAGAGACUCACCAAAGAUCACCUCCACAUCUCCUAGACCCAAGGAUGUAGGUAGCAGCAUCAUGUCCAACCCGAUGACUAGUCCCAAGACUGGUAGUGAUUGGGUGAAGAAAUUGAAGCUACAGGCAUCCAUCACCCCAGACAGGAAAUUGGGCCGGUCAGGAGAUGGUGAAGCUAAAGGUGGAAGAGGAUCCAGUUCUGGGCCAGGCCUCAUGGAUUCAGCCAGAAAGAAGAAGAAAUUUGUCAGCUGUGGCCUCGCUGAACGUCUGCAGAAGUUGGUGAGCAGAGAGAAGUCAUCCAUUGCUAUGUGGUAUCACAAUCGGACUGAUUCACAGCAUUCGCAAGAUAACACCAAAUCAAGAUUUGUUGUCAAAGUCCUCUCCUGUGACCCACACAGGGGAUUGUACCUGACCCACUGCGUGACUCAGGUUAGCUGUAGGUCAAAGGUCAAUGAUGAAUUAAGACCCAAGGGUGAAGGAGAUGAGAGUCUGGGUGAGGAGGUAUAUGUAUUCUUCACCAGGAGUACAGGAGAUCAGCUUGGCCUUGCUGCGGGUAUGCUGAUCAGCAUCAAUACACCAUGGCAGAAGCUGUCCAUACCACAUGUCAGCAAACCUGUAGUUCUGUGUACCUACUACUGUCGACCUUUGAACCUUGACCCUGAUAAUGGGGUUCAAGAUCAAGCAGUUGUCACUGGGUACCCAACAGAAAACAGCAAAUCUCCUAAGGUUCUUACUCCUAUGAGGCUAUUUCCUGGUGUAUCAAGCAAUCGUUCUCCUGGAGCCGAGGUUGCCAUCGGCCAAGAAAAUAGGACCAAGAAUAUCUCUGCAUCCAUUAUGCAAAGCGUGAGUGAGAGUGGUACAUGCUCAUCUUCUGGUGUCAGCUUCAAGGCUAGAGUUCAAAGGAUCGUGACACGGAGGCUGCAAGCUGGGGUACCAUACCAAUCUGCUAGAAUAUCAGGACGAGGUUCACACCACACUCAAUCAAGCCCAUCUCUCAUCAAAUCACUCCUUCUUCAAGACAGAGAGGGUGUGGUCUGUGAAGUCCAGUUGACCAAUCAGAUAGCGGAAAGCAGUACCUGGCAACAGGUCCUCCAAUCAGGAGAGGGCAGAUCAUACAUAUUCAUGAACCUGAGAGUGGCCCAGAGACUGACCUUAUCUAGAGCACCAGGGCUUUCGUCCAUGAUCCGAAUGCUGCAACAUCAUCCCAAUCAAAUUAAUGGUCAGAGUGUAUGCUAUGUGCUGACAAGUGAGAUUGGAAUGACAGAAGUGGAGUCAUUAGAUGAUUGUGACUCCAUGGAUUUACCUCUGUUUAGACCCCCUAAUGUUAUGGAUAUCAGUGAUGCCAUCAAGAAUGCCAAGUGUCCAUGGAAACGGACAAGCUUUCUUACCACACCCCUCCUCCUCACCUCGACAAACUCGCCAUCCUUGCAUCCUAAAGAUAGCUCCAACAAAUCCUCUGGGAGCUGGUUCCUGUUCCUUUCUACAUACACCGGUCAACAUCAACAGCAUUCAUCCAUUCAGGGAGAAGAGAUCAGCAACGGUCAUAACAGAUCAGACCAGGAUCAGUAUGUGUGUUUACAUGUGCAUCAAUCUCACGUUUUAAACCAAGAAGUCCAGGCGAGGUGUGCGAGUAGUGGAAACAGGAAAUUACUGUGCAGAGAUGUUCACAUUGCAUCUACGGAACAAGGAGUGCAGUUGAACGCUGAUGGUUUCAGUCAGAUUAGUGUUGUUGAUGAGUCAGACAAUGAGAGUGUAUCGAGCCUUUCACUUUCAUCUCUGAAAGUCGAUACAAGGUUACAUUCAUUGGUUAGUGUAACAGGUAAUAUUUGUGGAGUUGAAGAAGAGUCUGCUUGUAGCUGGCCAUCUUGCCCUCUUUGUGGAAACAACCAUUUAGAUGGAGGGGAAGGCAGUGGCUUUAUGCUUCAUUGCCUUGAAUGUAACAAGGAUGUCAGCUCACCGGUUAUUAGAAUGCAUCUUGUUGUCUUACUCACCUGCCCCAACCUGCCUACAACUCAUGCAAUAAAAGUAAAGUUGCUCCAACCAACUAUCGAGUCCGUCUUGCCUUCUUCAUCUCAAACCAGCGGAGGUCAUGAUUUGCAAAGCAUUCUGGGAGUACUCGUUGGACCAAUCAACUGCCUUGUUAACUCAGUCAAUGAAUUACCACAAAGAAAAGAAUAUCGUUUGGAAGAAGUUUUACUAUGCAACUGAGGACCUCUAUGCAAAAAAUGAAUUUGAUGUUAGAAAUAGGGAAGUCAGCAUUCAAAAGGAAGUUUACCCUAGAUUGUUACUGAAGUUGUAACACAUUUGGAUUUCAAUUAACAUGUUAUGAAUUCACUGUGACAUAACUUCCUAAAAACUUGUGAUUUUAUAUGAAUUGCAUAAUAAUAGUAGUCAACUUUGAUCAACCUUUUACUACGUUGUUCCUCAUUUAUGAAUCUUAGUUUUCAGAUUUGACUUCCCCAAAAUGUGAUCUGCCUUUGAUAAUGUCUUUCCUUUACUCUAUAGUACUAUGAUGCUAAGUAAUGAUGCCAAAGUUUUCAUAUUGUGUAUAUUAUUUCUAUGUUUGGUUAGUAUGUAAUGGUGCACAUGAAUAAAUAUAAAGAGAGAAGGGUGAACCUUCAUUCUAUUCAAAUUGUAUUGUACAUGUAGUUCAAAUAUAAUUACAAAGCUUUAUGAAUAUUGAUUCUUCAGAAAGACAGAAAGUGAUACUGCCCAUACACUGAGUAA